AUGCUGUCCUGUGUGCGGAAGCUCGGGCGCCCGGGCCCGGGACUCCGGUGGCCCCUGGCCUUGGCCAUGCUCAUCUUCUUCCUCUUGUACUUGUCUUUUCUGAAGGAACCCAGCACGAAGCCUUCCAGGUAUCAAUACCAACCGGACAUUAAAGAGAGGGCUCCAGAGUUUCCAGAAAAUGCCAUGGUACAGGCACCCACCAGACUGCGGGUAGAGAUGAUGCCAGUGGACAAUGCCACAGACACACGGCGCAUGGCUGGAGACAGCGUGAGGACAGAGGCUGUCACAGUAUCCCCACGCAAAUGGGGCCCUGGGCCCAGUCCAGCAGACACAGCAGAAGCAAAGAGCCAGGAGAAAGAGAAAAGCCAGAAGGUUGGCCCGUCACCACAAAGUCAGGACGCGGGAAAGGCCUCCAACAGGACAGAGGCUGCGCCGCACAGGGGUCAGGACACGGGGACGGCCAAGGGGGACAGAGACCCCAGGCAACAGUCCACAACCUCCAGGCCGACCCCAGUGAAGCCCCAGGGCAGACUAGGAACCACAGCCAAGAGACUUGCACCAGCAAGUCAGGGCAAACCAGCUGGUGUGGCCACUGCAGUGCCAGCCAAGACAGAAAAGAAUGGAAGACCCAUGACCGCUGUGGCCCCCAAGGAGGAGAAGGCCCCGGUGACCCCAGCCCCCAGCUCUUCCCGGGGCCCCAGCACCCAGAGAAGCCCAGAGCUAAAGGCUGCCAACUUCAAGUCUGAGCCUCGGUGGGAGUUUGAGGAAAAAUACAGUAUGGACGUGGGGGGCCUCAAGACGACCUGCCCUGACUCAAUUAAGGUCAAAGCUUCCCAGUCGCCAUGGCUGCACAGUCUCUUCCUGCCCAACCUCACCCUCUUCCUGGACUCGCGGCACUUCAACCAGAGCGAGUGGGAGCGCUUGGAGCACUUCGGCCCGCCCUUCGGCUUCAUGGAGCUCAACCACUCCCUGGUACAGAAGGUGGUGACUCACUUCCCCCCAGUGCCCCAACAGCAGUUGCUCCUGGCCAGUAAGCCCUCGGGGAGCGCCCCGUGCAUCACAUGCGCUGUGGUCGGCAACGGGGGCAUCAUGAACAACUCGCGGAUGGGCCAGGAAAUUGACAGCCACGACUACGUGUUCCGACUGAGUGGGGCUGUCAUCCAAGGCUACGAACAGGACGUGGGGACGCGCACCUCAUUCUACGGCUUCACGGCCUUCUCCUUGACCCAAUCCCUCCUCAUCCUGGGCGGACGGGGCUUCCGGAACGUGCCUGUGGGGAAGGACAUCCGCUACCUGCACUUCCUGGAAGGCACACGGGACUUUGAAUGGCUGGAAGCUCUGCUGCAAAAUAAGACCCUGGACAGAAAGAACCUUUCCUGGUUCAGACGCAGGCCCCAGGAAGCUUUCAAGGAGGCCUUGCAACUGGACAGGUACCUGCUGCUGCACCCAGACUUCCUGCGGUACAUGAAGAACAGGUUCCUGAGGUCUAAGACCUUGGACACCGCCCGCUGGAGGAUAUACCGCCCCACCACGGGGGCCCUGCUGCUGCUCACUGCCCUGCACCUCUGUGACAAGGUGAGUGCCUACGGCUUCAUCACGGAGGGACACGAGCGCUUCUCCGACCACUACUAUGACAAGACCUGGAAGAAACUGGUUUUCUACAUAAACCAUGACUUCCAGUUGGAGAGGGAGGUCUGGAAACGGCUCCACACCGAAGGCAUCAUCCGGCUCUUCCAGCGCCCCGACAAGGUCAAAGCCAAGAGCUGA